AUGGAUGAUGACGAGAGGACAAUCGAACUGUCGUCUAUAGUAGCCAUUUACCCUGAACUCGUCAUCGACGCACAGAAUCCAUACACUGCGACUCUGGAGCUCUCGGUGACUCCUAUCCAGCCUUUACGUAUCCUCUUCAAGAAUGCCGCCGACGACACCCUGCCUGAAUUACCGACGCCACCGCCCUCCCCCGAACAAGAACAUGAUAACUCUCCGACCAAACUACAGAUGCAACAGCCAACUCAACUUGAUGUCCAUGAACUGUCACACUUGCCACCUCUUUCCCUCCGAAUCACUCUACCCGAGGACUAUCCUGCCACCAGACCUCCAGAAGUAGCCCUGUCUGUGAUGCCUUUAUGGCUUUCACGACCGGCACUGAAGAGAUUAAGAGAUGACUGUGCGAGACUGUGGGAAGAGUUGGGGAAAGACCAAGUCGUCUACGCGUACAUUGACCAUCUGCAACAGGCUGCCGAGACGGCUUUUGGACUUGCAGGCGAAACCGUGGUUCAAUUAUCAAGUGACCUGCAGUUGGCAUUACUGGAUUUUGACCUCAAGACCAAGCGAGAACGGUUUGAGAAAGAGACGUUUGACUGCGGAAUCUGUCUGCAGCCCAAGAAGGGCAUCCAUUGUCAUAGGCUCUUGCUGUGUGGCGACGUAUUCUGCGUGGCCUGUUUACAAGAUUUCUACAAGUCUUGCAUCACCGAAGGCGACGUCGACAACGUCAAAUGCCUGUCUCCCUCGUGUGGCCAAGGCGAGGACGUGAAGACGGGUCUGAAUGGCCGACCUCGAAAGAGGCGGAAACAAGAUCGAACGCUCGAUCCCAGCGAAUUGUUACAAAUCCCCAUUGAGCCAGAGCUGGUUCAGCGAUACGUUCGUCUGAAGCGGAAGAAGCGACUCGAAGCCGACAAGAAUACCAUUUACUGCCCCCGCCAAUGGUGUCAAGGCGCCGCCAGAUCAGAGAAACAUUCAAAACCCACGGAUCCGAUGAAUGAUGUCGAGGACGAAAUCUCCGAAUCCGAAGAGGAAUCAGAGAACACACCAUCGACGAAGAAACCCAUCGACCCUGAAACCUUACCCAUGUCGGAACGACUCUCCAUUUGCGAAGAUUGUGGCUUUGCAUUCUGCUGCGUCUGCCGCAAAGGUUGGCACGGUGAACUGGCUCGAUGCAGCCCACGACGCCAACAAGAGCUCAAUGAAGAAGAAGCGGCUUCUUUGGCCUAUCUGAAAAAAUACUCAACACCAUGCCCGACAUGCAAUGCGCCAGCCCAAAAGACCAUGGGCUGUAACCACAUGAUCUGCUUCAAGUGCCAAACGCAUUUCUGCUACCUCUGUUCGGCUUACCUCAUGCCUGACAACCCAUAUUCACAUUUCAAUGAUACGAAGAAUGCGUGCUACAUGCGCCUUUGGGUUCUUGAGGCAGGAGAUGGUGAGGACGUCCCGAUCAACGGGUUUCAUAAUCCAGAACUGGCCGAAUGGGACGAAGUGGAAAUUGAAUCCGACUCGGAUGAUGACGAUCUUCCACCUGAGAACUUCGAGGCCUUCCGAGGCGAUCGACCGUUUGCAGACGAGGAUUCUUCCGACGAUGAAGAACCGGCCCCUGAUCAGCGGCGGAACAUGCAUAUUGACAUCGUCAAUUUCGCCCGUCCGGGAGGUCAGAAUCAUCAACGAAUAGAACUGCCCGAGCGGCCAAGAGAUGCUGGUCAUCCGCCGCCGCCUGUUCCCGACCCACCCAGAGCAAGACGACGACGAGGCCGAGGCCAACCGGGAAAUCGCCAACGGGCAAUGAACAACGAACCCACUCGAGCCUUGAGGCCGGCGCCAGCCCCCCAUCCCCGGCGCGCAAAUGGAGGAGGAGCACAGGUACCCGCCCACGAAGAUGUCCAGAAUGUCCAACACGACCCACCGCCUCGUCAAGGCGAGCUGCUCAUUCUCCCUCUCGCGGCUCCCGGACAAGGUAAUCAUCCUGCCGCCGCUGCUGGUGGAGGAGCUCCUCCUGGGCCCGUACGUGCCAUGGGCUUGGAACGCUUCCUUCAACUCGCUAGACAAGAUCAAGAAGAUGAGUGGGACAGUGACGAACUUGACGAUGAGCUGGAUGUAGCCUAUAUCCCUGAACCCCAACAGAGGGUAAGAAGGGGUCGGUGGCGAUGA